AUGGGCGGGCCUGCGAUCUCUGAGCGCGUCUAUGACACGUACUGGGACAUUCCUCCCAUCAAGAAGGCCGCGCGCCACACCCUAGACAUCCUCAUCGGCCAUGAGGCGAAGCCGAAUCCCAACCCGCUCCCCGCCACCGCGGUCACCAGGGCGUUCGGGCGGAUGUCCCACCACAAGAUCACGCGGCAGCUCACGGACGAGAACCCGGUGAUUGUGGAAAAGGCUCUGCUGGCAGCACGGGAGAUGCUGGCUGUGCAGGAGCACCUGUGGGCGGCGCUCGAGGCGGGAAUCAUCAUGCCGCUCAUCGGGCUGACCACGCACGAGACCGAGGUGAUGCGCAAGCUCGCCGCGGAGGACCUCGGGAUGGUCGGGAUCGUGGACUUCGGCUGCAAGGCUCUCCUCGACGCGGGCGGCGUUGAGGCGCUGACGGCGCUGCUGGGGGACCCCGCGGAAGCGGUGGUGCUGUCCACGCUGCGCGCGCUGCUGCGGUGCGCGCACCACGGCGGGGUGCGCGAGCGGCUCACGAAGCUCAAGGUGCCCGAGACGAUGGUCGAGAUGGCGGGCGUCUCGGACGACACGGCUUGCCGGCUGCAGCUGCGCCUGCUGCGGCUGUGCCUCGAGAAGCGCAAGAACGGCGCGUGCAUCGACAUGUGCCUCGACAUGAAGCCGAAGAACGCCGUCGACCUGUGCCGCGCGCUCCUGGGCCGCAUGGUCGCCGCGGGGCUCUCGCCGGAGCCCGGCGGCGGCCCGCGGCCGGGCCUCGACCUCCCCGGGGAGGGCUACGUCAGCCCGGACGCGUCCGCGCGCGGGGCGGGCGAGGGCGAGGGCGCGGCGGAGGAGGGCGCGGGGCUCGCGAUCGAGGUCGCGGGAACCACGGAGCAGUACGAGCAUGCGGCGGCGGUGUUGCAGCUGCUGUGUUCGGACGAGCGCGCGCGGCGGCAGGCGACGGAGAACGGCUGCGUGCCGCUGCUCGUGCGCCUGAUGAACCUGCCGCACCUGCACGCGCGGCUGGCCGCGACGGGCGCGGCGUCGGCGGUGUGUUUGCUGCGUGAGGGGAAAAAGGCCUUCGUAGCCGCGCAGGGGUGCGCGGCGCUGCGGCGGCUCCUGCCCAUCGCGUACGAGCCGCUGCGCCUGUGCGUCCUGAACUGCAUCGACAACGUCGCGGAGGACCCCAACGGGCGGAGGGAGCUCCAGGCGACGACGGUGAUGAUGGAGCAAAUACGGGCGCGCUCCAAGUCGGUGACCAUCGAGAACGCGGCGGCGGACGCGAUCCGGCAGGUGCGGUUCUACAACUACCCGCACAAGCUCAAGCCCGGGCGCAACGCGGCGAUCGACGAGGAGAAGGUCGACGCGCUGCUGGAGCGCGAGAACGCGCCCCUGCUCAAGUGGAUGGAGAAGCGCGACGAGGUGCUCGCGCGGAGCCGGACGGGCGACGCGGACACGAUGAAGACGUGA